GUUUUCAAACAAAGGCUGGUCUGUCACCACAAUACUCGCAGUAUAAAAGUUCAUGGUUCAGUGCAAAGGGCAACAAAAAACACUAACUGUCCAUCAAAAAUGACAGUGACAAUUCACGCUGUGCAUGAUAGAUACAGAGGUAAGUCUGUAGAGAAAGCAAUGCUCUACACGGAAAUGCCGUGCGAGGUUAACUUGGUGUUGGGUCAUAACCACAGUGUUGAGAGUGCUGCUGCUUUAAGAUUUAGGCAACCAUCAAGUGAUGUCAAAGAAAAAUUAAUAUCCCUGUUUGAAAGAGGUCAUUCACCAGCCACUGCUCUUGAGUCAAUAAAGGUUGAAAUUCAGCUGAAUUGUUCAGAUUACCCUUUAGUCCUUGCAGACAGAAGCAGGUGUCCUGAUUACAACUUUUGUCACUAUUUGUUCAACAAAGUUUUUAAGAAAAAGUAUGGGCCAACAGACUUCAACAAAGAAGGAAAGCAGCUGUUACAACAGAGGUUAGAGGAAUACAACAGCGAAGUUGGAGCUGUGUGUGCCAAGAUGAUUCAGAAAGAUGAUGAUUAUAUAGUAUGCAUUUGCUCACCACUGAUGCAAAAAGUCCAUACUCAUGUAAAAGCUGCUUCCAAACUUGUAUUUAUGGAUUCCACUGGUUCUCUGGAUCAUGAUAGCAGCAGAGUGUUCGUUUUACUUACUCACAGUGAGUGUGGAGGUUUACCACUAGGAGUUCUGAUUAUGUCUUCAGAAAGCUGCGGAGUUAUAGAAAUGAGACUUGAGUUGCUGAAAGAGAUAGUGAGGGAAAAUAUUUUUGGGGGAAACAUCAAUGGCCCAAGUGUGUUUCUGACUGACGACAGCCAGUCAGAACAAAAUGCAAUUAGAAGGUGCUUCCCAAACACAAAAACUUUGUUGUGUAUAUUCCAUGUCCUGCAGGCAGUGUGGCGCUGGCUUCUCAAAACAAAAAAUGCUAUACCAUAGCAAAAACAGUGCGAGUUCUUCCAGAAUUUCAAAAAAAUAAUGUUUGCGCAAACAAAAAAUGAAGCAGUGGUAAACUAUAAUGUAACAAGAGCGAACAUCGGUGAAAAUCAUCAAAAUUUAUUGAAAUACUUGGAAGGGUAUUGGGAUAGGAGAGAACUGUGGACCCUUUCACAUCGGCGAGGUAUGCUUAUAGAAGGGCGCAACACAAAUAAUAUAAGUGAGGCCUUCAUGAGAAUUUUAAAGGACAGGAUUUUUGAGAGGGUGCGUGCCUUCAAUGUGGUUCAGAUGGUGGACUUUUUUUCUCACAAAGGUGAAUUUGUAUUUUCAGAGGAGACUUCUUGAUGCUGCUAAUGGAGCAAGUCCUAAGUCUUUCUGUAGGCCUAUAAAGGCUCCUUCACAGGAGAUUCUAGCAAAAAUCAGACAAGUCAAUGAGGAUGUUCUGCUCGUUCCCAGUGAAGAAAGGCAGAAUCAUUAUUACA